UUUAAGUCCGGGGUUCAUUUGAGUUUGAUCUUAUUUUGUUGACAACGUUGAGCUGAUAUACAACAGUGGCAGAGGUAAUUAACGCUUUCAAGUUUGGCGUUUAUAGUUGAAAUUCUUUUUUCUGCUAAGUAAAAUGAGCAGUGGUGAACGUAAGGAGUCUAAAAAUCGCGUGAGCAACGCAACACGAACUGCCUUUACUUACGGGAAUGAAGUGAUUACGGCUUUGCACAUUUGUUCGGAUGAAUUAACAAAGGUGAAGGAAGAGUUGCAAUUGGCGCAUAAGUCAGUUGCGUGCCUCGCCGAUCCAAACCAUGUGGCUGGAAUAUGCCCUACAUAUAAAGCACCUGACGAGGAUGAUACGGACCAGAGCUUAUUUGACUUGCGAUACGAGGUGAUGCAAUUGAAGGCAGAGCUGUCAGAUAAGAACGAAAAAAUUAAGAGUUUGGCAGCGAUACUGAUGUCCAUUAAGAAUGCUACGGAAAACCUAAUCGGGGGUAUCGGACGUAAAUACGAGAUCUCGAAGGCUGUAACAAAUGAGACGAUACUCAAACUAGCCACACUGACAAAUUUCCUGAAGAAAUUAAAAGAACUGAGCACGCCGAUUUCCUUAAGUCAUCACGCGGCGUUCGCUGCGCGCCUCGAGGAGAACGCGAAUCGCGAGAAUAAGCUGAAGCAGCAGCUGGCCGUUGCAGAGAAGGAUCGCAAGCAUCUCGAUCGACUACUUCGUCUAGCUGUCCAGCAGACAGUGUGUCUGACAAUGAAACACGAGGAAUUGUCGAAAGCAAGAGACGAUGUCCGGCUGUCCGUCAUCACUAAACCAAGUGAUCAAACUGUUGAAAAUAAUCAACGUGAUGAGUCCGUGGGCGAUUUGAAAGAUGUUACUCGAAAUGUAAUAGAAUACAAUGAAAAAGUGCAAAAAGAACCAGUUAAUUUGAUAACUGAAGAACCUGACGAUUCACUGAAUGAAUCAGAUAAUUUACGAAAAUCAAUAGAAAAGCUUGAGAAACAGAUGCAGCAGAUGCAAUUGUCAGGGGCGUACCUCGAGUAUCUUGCAAACAAAGAGGACGUUGCCAAAAUCAUCGAGAAUGAGACUGUGAAGGAUCAUUAAAUGGUUGUGUUAAAUAAUGCGUCGAAUUUGAGGCAUUGCUCAAAAACAGAAAAGCUGAAAUAUGCUCCAUUGAUCAAGGUACGGUAUAAGCAAACUCGAAUAAAUAAAGAAAAAUUAUUAGCAAAAUAAACACAUGAGUCGAACUCAGUAGAAUGUCAAUAAAAUAGUACAUUGCGAUACGAGUGCGGGAAAGUAGAUUUUUGUCUCGUGUGGCAUUUACACCCUAGCGAAGCGAGGGUGGAAAGGUACAUGAGACGAGAAACUCUUAAAUAAAUAAAUUUUGUUCAUGCUGUUAGUAAUAGUUACUCGUGUUCUUCCACUACUUAUGAUAGACCUGGCAUAAAAUAGGAAGCAUUCAACCGAUAUUACAAAUUCUAAAGUCUGACAAACAAUUUAUAUUUCUCUUUCAUAAUACGGUAAAAGUUGAGUGACUUAAACGUAACAUACUGUCUUGA